AUGACCGAAGAGCCCGUGCGGAAGGACAGCGAGAUCAGACACCCCAACUCCAGCAUGGGCUGCGGACACAAGGAUGACAAAGCCAGCCUGCCUUCAAGCCAGAUAGUGUCUUUCAGCCACCAGCCUCAUCAGCCCCCCUCCACUCCUGCCUCCAAGGAAGUGUGGAAAAAGGGCGGCCGCAUGUUCUCCAUCCUGCUGGCUGUGCACUUAGCCCUGCUGGCCUGCACGCUGGUGAGCAGCGGGGCUUUUGAGAAGAUUGCUGUGCAUGAUUAUGAUGUCUUCUUCCUACUGACUGUCAUGAUGCUGAUAGUCAUCAUAUGGAUCAUCUUCUACCUCGCCGGCACCUCCCGCUGCCCAGAUGCCAUCCUCUGCAAAGACUCCCACGCUGGGCCCAUCUGGCUGAGAGGAGGCCUGAUCCUAUUUGCCAUUUUCAGCCUUGUCAUGGAUGUGUUCAAAAUAGGAUAUUACUCGAGCUUCUACAGCUGCCUGUCUGCAAUCAAAAUAAUCUACCCCAUUGUGCAAGCAAUAUUCGUGGUUGUCCAGACGUACUUCCUGUGGAUCUCUGCCAAAGACUGCGUCCACGUACACCUGAACGUUACCAGGUGCGGCUUGAUGCUAACACUGACUACAAACUUAGCAGUGUGGAUGUCAGCAGUGACAGAUGAGUCUGUUCACAAAGCACAUUCAAAGUUGAAGAAGAAUGUGACAGAGGAAAUCUUCAGAUGGCUCCUGAAAGCGGGAAUGAGAAGUAGCUCAGCCGAAGAAUGCAAUUGCAACAGCCAAAUCUGCCAGAUCUUCAAGAACGGCUAUUUUUGGCUGUACCCCUUUAACAUUGAGUACAGUCUCUUUGCCUCUGCCAUGGUCUAUGUCAUGUGGAAGAAUGUUGGACGCUUCAUAGACCACCACUCCCACCACAUUCACCACCUGAAGUUCAGGCUCUUCCGAAGGACCUUCUUUGUAGGCAUUGUGUUGGGCCUCAUCAUUCUGGUGAGUGGUUUGGGAGUCCUUAUUCUUUAUGAGGUGCAGGUAAAUUCCAGCACUGAAUCCAGCAAGAAGAGCCAAGCACUCACCAUGUACUACAUCUUCAACAUUGUUUGUCUCGGCCUGAUGUCUCUUGUCUGCAUUGGUGGCUCUGUCAUCUACCGGUUUGACAAGAGAGACAUGGAUCGGCACAAGAACCCAACCAGGACCCUGGACGUGGCCCUGCUGAUGGGUGCAGCCUUGGGGCAGUACGCUAUUUCUUACUACUCCAUUGUGGCCAUUGUAGCCAGCACACCAAGGGACGCUAUCAGCGCACUCAACCUCACCUAUGCCCUCCUAAUGAUUGCUCAGCACACCUUCCAGAACAUCUUCAUUAUCGAAGGCCUUCAUCGGCAACCCCCCAAGGAAGACCACAAGCACGAUUCUCACCAGAAGGACCUCUAUGGACUCACCUUUGUCAACAUCAAUGCAGUGUCCCUCCGGGUGCCCGACAGUGGCAGCACCUUGGCCCCUAGCACUGCCUCUGGCACCGAAGCCAUCCAUCCUUCUGACCUUGUGCGGUCCCUCACCGCCCCCAAGAAGAUGAACUGGAGGAGGAAGUUCUUAAGGGAGAUCUCCAUGUUCCUCCUGCUGAGCAAUAUCAUACUCUGGAUCAUGCCAGCAUUUGGUGCCCGGCCCCAGUUUGACAAUGACACAGAACUGAACUUCUAUGGCGAUUCCAUGUGGCCGGCCAUCGUGGACAUUUGCCUGCCCUUUGGGAUCUUCUACCGAAUGCAUGCAGUGGCCAGUUUGCUGGAGGUCUACAUCAUGUCCUAA